UCUCUUCAAGAAUUGCUUGCAUGCAAACAAGGACAUGAUUUUAUUCUUUGUUUAAUUAGCCAUACUGAAUUUUACAGAUAUGAAAUGAGAGAAAGUGAAAAUGGAGCUCAAGAUUCAGAAAUGCCGUCAUAUUGUGGAGAAGAUAAUUUGGACGAAGUUGAAUCAGAAGAAGAAAAUUCCGAGAAUGUACAACUUUAAGCAUUUUAUUUUUGAUAUUUAAAAUGAUGUAUAAUUUUGUUUGUAAUUUUUUAAAUUAUUAAAAAAUUUUUUGUUUAUUUCAAAUAUAAUUUGUGUAUUUUUGCAAUAUUUUUAUUUUUUAAAUUUGAUUAUUCUUUACAUAGCCUUUUUAAUGGUUUUAAUGUUUGCUCGAUGUUCUACAAAUAUUUUAAAUUGCAACGAUAUUUAUUUUACAAGGAUUGUUUACCAAAGUUCAAAAGCUGCAUUGAGUAAGAAAGAAAUUGAGCGACAGAAAAAGGCGCUUGGCAAUGCCAGGGUUUCUUCGCGUAUUACUGGAAAAAUUAGAAAAUGGAUAAGAUUUUUAAAGGCAGAAAAUUCUGCUAUUCAAAAUUCAGUUACUGAGACGACAAAACGUUUUGAGUCAAAAUGCCCUGAACUUUCCCUUUCUGUUUUAAAUUCUUGGUAUGAGGCUCCAGAAGGAGUUCUUGUUGAAUUUUCCUUUCGUAAGUUAGAGAGUACUAACGUGCUAUCUGAAUUCUCUUCUAUUUUUAAAAAUGGUUCACAUGUUAUUUUGAAAUCAAGAAAUGCCCCUUCGACUGAGAUUCCAGCCGUUAUUGUGUAUUUCAGGUAA